AUGAAUCUGGCAAGUUAUUCUUACUUCUCUGGCAUGUGCAACAUGACCGCAGAGACGCAGCACUCGCCCGCGGAGGCAAGUCCUGUAGUCAUGUCCCCAAACGUGAGCCUGGACUCUCCGCUGCCUCCGCCGCCUCUCAUGCUGCAGGCACGGUCGAAGGACAACAUCCUGAUCAAGUCAGAGCCCCGGGGGAGCAGCCCCAACACAGAGGAUGGAGCCGCCCUGGGGCAGACCGAGGAGCACCUGCCAACUGGAGGGAGCAGGCGGAGGAAAAGGCCCGUCCAGAGGGGCAAACCUCCCUACAGUUACAUUGCCCUCAUCGCCAUGGCCAUCGCAAACUCCCCCGAGAGGAAGCUCACCCUGGGGGGCAUUUACAAGUUCAUCAUGGAGCGUUUUCCUUUCUACAGAGAGAACUCAAAGAAGUGGCAGAACUCCAUCCGCCACAACCUCACCCUGAACGACUGCUUCGUGAAGAUCCCUCGGGAGCCCGGCAGACCCGGGAAAGGGAACUACUGGACGUUAGACCCGGCGGCUGAGGACAUGUUUGAUAAUGGAAGCUUUCUAAGGAGGAGGAAGCGGUUCAAGCGCACAGAUGUGAGCACCUACCCCGGGUACAUGCAGAGCUCCAGCGCCUUCACGCCGACCCCUAUGGGCAGGCCAACGUACCCCAACAUGUACGCGGGGAUAGGGUCUGGGUAUGGGUCCCAGCUGACCGCCACAUCCCCGCAUCCUGCCAUGCUGCAUCACUACCAGACCUCUGGACAAGCCCAGCCGCGCAUGUUCAGCAUCGACAACAUCAUCAGCCAGCAGACAGUGGUGCAGGGCGGAGAUCUAAACUCCCAAGCUCUGGGGCUGCAUGGCGGAGCUGACCUCGGCACCAUGACCUCCAGCUGUUCAGUCACCGGCAACGACCCCUCCGCGUGCUUCCAAACCCAGACUGUUAACCCCUCUGCGAACAUGCUGAGCAGGAACACCGGGAACCUCACGUCAAACCUCGGUGGAGCGUACCCAUACUCCUCACCGGCCUCCCCUCCAACUUUGCCAGCCAUGACCCAGUCCGGGUUCUCCCCCGGAAACUCUCAGGUGUACUGCUCCGGGAACAGGCUGCCCCUGCCAGCCCUGCGUCCAGGCUCGUGCGCGGAUCACACAGAGCAGCUGCUGGGCCUCUCGAGCCCCAUGAACUCCUACAACAACAGCUACAUGAGACAGGCCAAUUUUGCGUCAGGGUUAGAGCGCUACAUGUGA